CUCAGAUUGUCAUUUGCAACCGAACGAUAAUAAAUACAAAGUUUUGUUCCGUGUAAAAAAACCCGAAAAAAUUAUAAAAUCUCAGGAAAAUAUACAUUAUUAUUAGCAUUAAAAACUAAAAAUGACUUGUAUUUAAAGUGUGAGUCUAUAAAAUUGUGUAAAAAUUAACAAAAUUGCAGUGGAGACAGUCAGUAUUGUGCUUAGCCAGAUAACCAACCAACUUGGAUUACUUAGUGGAGUAGAGAAAAAAAAUAAAAAAAAACAAAAGAAGAAAAUUCCAACACAGCAAUUUAGUGAAGUCGUGUAAAACGUCUAAAGCUGUUGAUAAUUAUCACCAAAUACAUACAAAAAAGUCCAAAAAAAAAAUGCAUUGAUAAAGCCAAGUGUUACGGUAGUGUGAUUCAUAGUGAACGUAGUGCCAGCGCAACGUCUACGACUGGGAUAGCCUGAAGAUGGUGUCGUUGAUAAAAAAUCAACUCCUUAAACAUCUCUCAAUUUACACGAAGAAUUUGUCAUCGGACAAAAUUAAUUUAAGCACCUUUCGUGGCGAGGGGGAUCUGGUGAAUUUGCAGCUAGAUGAAGCGGUGCUCACUGAACUGUUAGAGUUGCCGUCAUGGCUGCGACUCACAUCGGCUUGGUGCAAUCAUGUGUCCUUUCGCAUUAGUUGGACAAAACUGAAAAGUGUGCCAAUAACAUUGACACUGGACGAAGUCAACAUUAGUGUGGAGACUUGUGAUCCGAGCACCAGAAAUCAGGAUGCCAAUUCACCGGGCGGCAUUGCCGGUGGCGGCGGCAUUGGUGUUGGUUCGAGUGCUGGAGGAGGAGGAGGAGGCACUGCAACAGCACAGCCACAAGUGCCGCAAGGCAAAUACAGUUUCAUCCACAAGAUAGUGGACGGCAUUACAAUCAUUGUGAAUACGGUGAAUGUGAAAUUCUUGAGUGCAGCGUUCACGGCCUCAGUGCAGAUGUCCCGCAUACGCGUUGAAUCCAAAACACCAAAAUGGGCGCAUGCCGAUCUACGUUUCACACGCCUCAAAGAUCCGCAUAAAGGCAUCAUACUCAUUUUCAAAGAACUCUCCUGGCAAACGGUGCGCAUCGAAGCCAGCUCUACGCAAGACAAAUCGCUCACACCGCUACGUUUGCUCACCAAUCAAGCACGCUGCCGGCUAACGUUACGUAAGCGUCUUUCCGACUGUACGUUGUUAGCCUCACGACUGGUGCUCAUACUGGACGAUUUACUUUGGGUGCUCACCGAUUCGCAGCUAAAGGCGGCCUUACACUUUGUCGACUCCUUAUCGGGUCUGAUCAAAGCGGCGACACAUGCAACGCAAAAAAAGAAUGCAGCUAGAAAAUUACAGACCCUACCCGAGUAUCAGGCAUUGAUAGCGCAACAACAAAAUCGACAAUCUGACUCGGCACACACAACAACAGCACAGAAAAUGUUCAAUGCAUUCGAUGUGCGCGAGACUUCCUAUCACUUUUUCAGCCAGCGCAUCGAUUUGCAUUUGUGCGACGACGAAGGAGAUGGCCGCUCAAGUUAUCCCGAAUUGGAUAAAGGUGGUGCUCUACAAAUAUCGGUGCAAGCAUUCCAAGUAGACUAUUAUCCUUAUCAUUUGGCCAAAUCGGAUCGUGCACAUUGGGCGAAAUAUCGCGAGGCUUCCGUUUCACCAGCACUUUGGCUUAAAGAAUCACUCAAUACAUUCCGUGAAGCUGUACUCAAUCUAAGCCAACCGAAUCGCCCCUCAACACAUGCACCACUCGAACGCACUGCACCACCUUCACCGGUUGCUUUAAAUGUAAAUGCUUUGCAAGCGCAAAGUAUGGCUCAUGCCGGUAUUGUGGGUGGCGGUACGUCAACCGCUAAUUCCGGUGCUAAUACUCCAAAUCGACCUAGCAGUAGUAGUAGUGGUGGUGGUGGUGGUGGUGGUGGUGGUUCAGGUAAUGCUUCAGCAUUCGCCAGUCAAGUGACACAAGCGCAACAGCAGAAGGCUACGCUGGAUAAUUUGGCGAGAUUAAUGAGCGCUUGCGUGGUGUUGCGCAUUGAAGAUUUUACUUUGUAUCGCGUCACUACGUCCGGUCGUAAGCAGAUGCCUAAGGAAUUUGUGUCAGGUGACAAAGAACGCUAUUCGUUUCCCACUGAUAUGUCCAUUGUACAUGCUGAGUUUACUUAUUUUUAUUACCCUGGUGAUUUUAUAUUUCCUUUGCCGCCGUCCAAAGUAUUCGUUCACAUUAAUCCGCUCCAAGUGCACUUCGAUUUAAGUUCCGUACUUUGGCUUAAUUCAUUUGCAUUGAAUCUACAUGAAAGUUUAUUACGUACCAGCGUUGGCACAGCGAGCGGAGCCUCCACCAAUGCACGUGGAUCCAUCUCGUCGGGAAGCUCGCAACAUGCGCCGGGUUUACGUAGCUCUUUGCAUGGCUCACAAGGUUCACAAGACUCACGUGGUUCACAAACUGGCGUGACACAAGCCGAGCAAGAGCCCAAUCUCAUGUAUAUGGAUGUGAAAAUUGAGGCGAUUAUGCCACGUAUUGUUAUCGAAUCAGUAGUGGAUGUGCCCAAUCAGAAAGAUCGUCCUAAAAUAAUGCAAAUACAGAUAUCACGUUUUGCAGUAACGAAUAUACGGGAGAUGGGUUCAUCUCGUGCUGAUUUGGCGCAAGCUUUGCAUUCACUGCAAGAGGGUUCACUGGUUUUUGGCACAGAAUUUCCAUCUGUGAAUGGUGAUAUGUGCAUUGUAACCGAUCGCAUACUCUCACAUGUAGCAGCUGCAGAUGUAGGUGCGUCUGCACCAACAUCCACAGUUCCGACGAUGGCAACAAUACACCAUCCAUUGCAAAUACAUGACCAAAGUCAAACAUCAUCACCAACGCAACUACCGAAAUCUGCAUCAACGCAAAACCUAACACGCUACGCCAUGUGGUCGGAACCACGUGAUGUGUGGUGUAUAAAACUUGAUCCCGUGUGGGUAGAUUUCCUGGGUGCACGUUCCUUGGGACCCAAUAAGUCAAUACCUUUCGUCGAUGCGGUGCCUGUCACGUUGUGGUUACAUUCCGGUGUUGGUGCUAUGCAUAAAACCGCAGCUGCCAGCACAUCGUCAAGCAUGAAGGGCUCUUCCGUUGAAACGAAUAUUAAUUGUAUGGAUUAUACAAAUGCAGAUAAUAGAACACUACCACGUAAUCCAUUUCUUAGUGAGGAGGAUGUACGCAUGGGAGGUGAUUGGAAGCAGCAGCGUGCCUUUAAUGGUAGUGCUGAUUCUGCGGGUGCCGGUAAAACCGCUCCUACAAACAAUGAACGUACCGCCGAUAUGCAUGCCAUUGCACAUAUUUCCAAUUUGGUGAGUGUGCAAAUCGAUCACUAUCAAUACUUGUUCCUAUUACGUUUGGCCGAAGAGAUGACCGAGAUGGCCAUGUUCCUAUCGAUGGACGCCGAGCGUAUUUUACAAAAGCAAAAUACAAAGAAAUCGAUGAUAUUCGGUUGUGUUAUACCGCAAAUUGAAGUAACACUAGUGAUGCCAUCACCAACACCUGGUAAGGAAUCGAGUGGUGGUGAUGCUGAAAGUGUCUUACCUGAUUCAGCUAGUUUGGGUGAUGAUUUACACAUGAAUAGUACAAACACUAUAUGGCCUACACCGCCGCUGGAGCAGGUGAAAAGUAAUAUAUAUGGCAGUGUGGAGACACCAUCGCCAGUCACUAAUGAGCCGCUCUAUGAUGGCAUAAUACAUGCUUCCAAUCCCAAUACACAUGGGUACAAUGUGCAAAUUCAAAGCACACCAACUGUCGCGUCCUCCACACCGAGUCAAGGUUCACGCCCCGACACGGGCGUUUAUUCGCAAUCCAUAACGGCAUCGACGAAAAGUGUGCGCUCAACACGUACUUCAAAUGCCGGCGACACCACCAGUAUAACGAAGGAAAUUAAUUCUAGUCUUAUGUCUAUGAAGAAGGGCUUUUCCAGUUUUAUGACGUCCAUUGACUCGGCCAUCAAGUCCGGCACACCCAACGAUGAUACCAGUGAUACAUUCUCCAUACAAAGUGAUAUUAGUUCGGAUUCGGAAAAUUUCGCCAUUGUAAUGGGUGAUGACAAGACAAUGGACUGCAUUGAUGUGAUGUUUAGAUUGAAUCCCUUCACCAAUGACACCAACUUGAAAGCCUCACCUGUUGAGGUAGCGAGUGAGGUAUUGGAGGAACCAGAUUAUAAUAAAACUAAUUUGUCAUCACCAUCAGAGCCGUCGGAAGUGAGCACGUGGCGUCGCCGUGAUUUGGUAUCAAUGGCGACUUUUAGACUAACAACUGUCGAAUUGAUACGCCAAAAUGAGGGUAACUCUUCGUCGUUGCGCUUGCAAGUGGCUGCGGUUUCUUGUGAUGAAUGCGGGGCUAUUCCUUGGGAUGAGUUGCAGAAAGCUCAAGAAGCAAACAAGACGAAAUUCGGCGCACGUUGUAAAGCUUGGAAUUUAGCGCCAUAUAAUCCGGAGCUGCCGCCAUGUAUACGUCUGCGCUUGGAGGAGACGUUGGACUUUCCCCAAGGCAAUAUAAAGAUCACCGAUAAAAAGUCCAUGCAGAAUUGGGUUACUCAUCACGCUGAAGUGCGUGUGAAAGAUGUGAAUUUGGAUUUGGCCAUGAGCACUGUUAUUGGUUUGGGCGACUUGGCUGAAGAUGAAAUCAUCUCAACGCCUUUGCCAGUUACGGUACACGUGGAAAAUGUAAAACUUAACUUAAAUGAAGAUCGUCCACCCGUAAAUAUUACCUCACCGGGUCCAGUGCCAAUACGUUUGGCGAUCGGACGCAUGCGUAUACAUCGUGAUAAAAAUGGCAUUGUCAAUAUACAACCCAUAGAAACAUCCGUUAACGAUGCUGCCAUUAUAAAUUAUCCAUUAACCGCUGCCGCAUUGGCGCCACGUGAUCGCGAACGGGAUCGUGAAAUACUUUCAAUGCAACUCGUGAUGCAACAAUUGAAAAUGGACAAUGAAAAUUUGCGCAAGCAGCUGGUAAAUGCAAAAGAAAAUGCCGAAAGUUAUAGACAAAAGUGCAAACAGGAAAAUGAUGUGCUGCGUUCUUAUCUAAAAGCGGCACAAGAUGAUAUAACCAUACUUUUGGAGGAGAAAAAGGCAUUACUCGAUACGAUACGUUCACUGCAAUUGAAUCUGAAUUCUCUCAACAUUUCUGAUGCAAGGAAAAAAGGUUCAACUGACAUCAUCGAAUAUAAAUAGAAAAAGCGAUGGCAACAGGUAGCAUAACUGUAUGGAUUGCAUACAAUGCUGUGGCGAGAAUAACAAUCCAUGAAAUACAAUGCAACAGCCAAUAACAACAACAACGGCUACAACAUCGAGAGCAAUUAGUGCGAGAGCGAGAGCUGGGAGAACAGCAACAUCACCAACACCACCAACAACAAUAACAACAACACCAACAACAACAACUGCAGCAACACGCAGGCGAAGUAGGCUAAGUAAUAUAUUCUUCUUUCCGCCACUCUUCAAAUCGUGCCAAAGAAUGCGCAAAACGCCAAGAGAGCAUUGAAAUCGAAGGUGUUUCUUUUUUUAGUUUUUUUCUUCAAAAGAACAGUUAUGGAAAUAAAAUUUGUGUAGGCAAAAAUAAA